CAGUGUUCAGCUGCAGUAUAAAUACAUACACACCUGAACCUGACUCAUAAACACACAGACUUUACACUGACAUUCUAAAGAAGCUGAGACACAGCUUAGGUGUAUAUAUACGUGCUGGUGGUGUAUUCAGGUGGAUAUUUACCUGCUGGUGGUGUAUUCAGGUGGCUCUUACCUGUUGAACCUUACCCCAAGAGAGAAGUCAUUCAAUUCGGCACUCUGAUCUACACUCUUUCUAUCACAUUGGACUUUGUGCACAAUAUACUAGUACAUUUGUCAGAGACAGUGAAUCCGACCUAAACCCCCAGAGAGCAAGCAGAGACGACAGAAGCAAGGGAUAGGUUGAGACUCCAACGGGAUUGGUAGAAACCUUGAGAGGAACCAGACUGCAGCGACCAACUGGACCAAUGGUCUCUAUAUUUUUGGAAAUGCCGCUGUGGAGACGGACAAAGGCUGGCGAUGAGGAGUGUAACCGCGCUGUCCUGGUCGCAGUGUCGAACUUUGACCACCGUGUACCACUGUGCAGGAGGCCAGGGGCGGAGAAAGACACCAAAAGGCUCCACCGUACCCUGACCAGACUGGGAUACAGAGUGGACAUACACACUGACCUCAACUCUCAUGAGAUGUACACACUCUUCAAGACAGAGAGCGAGAGGCCGGUGAAGGAGUGUUUCCUGGCAGUGCUGUCGUCUCACGGGGAGGAGGGCUGUGUGUUCGGGGCAGACGGAAGGCCAGUUAGACUGUCCCACAUCUUCUCCUGCUUCAACAACUCACACAUGGAGGGAAAGACCAAAGUCUUCUUUAUCCAGGCGUGUCGUGGGGGUGAGCUGGAUGAUGGGGUGACAGUGGAGACGGAUUCAGCAGGAAGUGAUGUCAUUGAGGACACUCUGUCUCAGUACCUGUCCAUCCCCAUGGAUACAGCGGUGAUGUACGCCACCACGCCAGGUUACGGGGCCUUCAUGCACCCUCUGGGGGCUGUCUUCCUUCAGACACUCUGCAUCCUAUUGGAGGAGGAAGGAGGCAGAGCCUUGGAGCUGACACGCCUACUGACACGCCUCUCCCACCGUGUAGCCUUUGGCUUCCAGGCCAAGGGUCGUCUGCUGGGGGGGAAGAAGGAAAUGCCUUGCUUCGUAUCGCGACUGACCAGAGAGGUGUUCCCAUUCGCCGAGCCUGAGAAGGAGGGCGGGGCCAAUGGGCUUUCUGCAACGACAUUGAUCAACCCAGAGUACAACAGACCUCGCAAACCAUCUAUAAGCUAAACCCGAAGUCUUUGUGAGAACUAAAGACACUUGUCGCUCACAGAUUGAUAGGGUAGACUUGCUCUGUCAGCUACAUUAGUACGGAUGACUUUCAAUGUGUUGUUAGCCAGAGGGUUGUGAGUUUGUGCAAAGGUUGGGACAGAAUUUCCACUCUGUUACUUGUGUACAUGUUCGUGUGCAUAAUAGAAACAGAACAUUGUAAAGACCAGAUAUGUGGAUAAAGGAACAGAUCUGGAGCUGUUGGUGGUUUCACCACAGACUAGAUGAUUAUGGCGUCUUCCUUUACAGACAACUGACGCAUCUUAAAAUAUUCUAGAUAAUGAACGGUAUACUAUGUUAUUUGAGUCUAUUUCUUUAAUUCAAAUGGCAACCUAAGGCUAAGCUUCUGCUUCUAUGCUUUUAUUUGAAACCAUUAAAUGUAAGUUGAACAUGCAUGCUCAAUGUUGAGUGUGUUAAAAACGA